UGCUUCAUUUUUUCGCUGCCCGAUUGAUAUCUGGCUCUUAGUGUUUAGUGCUCGCAUAUCCACCGAAGGGAAUAAAGUGGACCUUGUACAAAGGUUAAAGGAAUACCAAACAAAUGAACCCCGUGAGAAAAAUGUGGACGGAAUGAAGUUCACGAAUGAUGAAGCUGAUAACGAAUCAGUAAUAUCCGAUCAUAAUACUGAAACCACUGAAAUGUUAAAUCCUGAAACACAAACGUUGAGAGAAUUACUUCAGAAGAACAAGCGCCCAUUACACGCUGCGUCAUCAUCG